GAGGAGAAAAAUCAGCUGUGUGCUGUUUAGCGAGUUAGUAUUUGGUGGUAGGCUAUGAAAAUGUAAAUUGUCACUGGUACUGUCAAAGUUUGGAUUUAUUUGCCUAGUGAAAGGUAGGCUGUGUUUGUUUUGUACAAGUACCAAAAUGACAGACGCUCAUAGCUUGAGGCAAGCUAUCCAGGAAUAUGAGGCACAGUUAUCCCAAGUACAAGUGGCACUUUCUGCCACUGGAAAAGGACCUGAUAAAGAUAAUCUACUUAGCUUGCAAUCUGACAUACAAGAACUCAUUAGUUUGACUAAGGAUAGCUUGCAGAGUGUCCUCGAAGGCAAAAACAAUGAUCAAUCUAAAAAAUUUACAGACGAAAAUGAUGAUCCACUAGCAAAAGAAUAUGCUUUAUUCAAGGCUGAAUUGGGCGAGGAUUCAAAUGACUCAAAUAAUAUUGAUCAAAAUAAUACAUCGGCUGCAAACGGUAUCGAAGAUGAGUUGAAGGCGCUCGAGGGUACUAAAUGUCGUGCUCCCCAUGGUAGCAGUUGGGGUGGCACAGGUUAUCACAAUGCUAUGGUUGGCUCUAUUUAUAAGAGCAAUCAGGAAGAAAUCAGAAGCAUGAAUGAUAUCAAGGUCAGAGUUCUCUUCAUGAAUCCUACACACAAGGAGAUGCUUCCAUGUCCUUACUUUCUUGAUGGAGCAUGUAAAUUUUCAGAUGAGCAAUGCCAUUAUUCACACGGAGAAGUGGUGCCAUUUUCAAGCUUGCAGGAAUACAGAGAGCCAGAUUUCUCAAGUAUUAAAAUGGGCAGCAGAGUAUUGGCAAUGCAUACGAAUAAAUUGUGGCACAGAUCCGUAGUGCUUAAACUCCCUGAAAAGAAUGAAGAGAAAUUUCGUGUAAAGUUUGAGGCUAGUGGAAAUAUUCUGGAAGUUAGUUUACAAGACCUGCUUCCACUUGGCGACGCGGAUCUAGACAUGUCGGAUUCUUCGGACGACAGCGAACUGGAAACUGAAGUUGUAGAAAAGAACCAAGAGCAUUUGGUUCAUAAGUCCCUCUUAACUUUGAACGGCAGUGAAGCUUUAGGAAACUGGGAGAGACAUACUCGCGGUAUAGGAAGUAAACUUAUGGCGCAGAUGGGUUACAUUUCCGGUACUGGAUUGGGCAAACGAGCAGAUGGUAGAAUCGAACCAGUGGAAGCAACUGUAUUACCAGCUGGCAAAUCAUUAGAUCAUUGCAUGGAAUUGCGAGAGAAUGCUGGUGGUGACAAAGAUCUUUUUUCCGUCGAACGCAAAAUGCGUAAGCAAAAACGUAAAUUGGAGCAACAACGAGAGAAACAAUAUCAAAAAGAAGUACAACGUGAGAAAAGCAACGUUUUUAAUUUUAUCAACACGACAUUAGGUGACAAGCCGAAAAAUGAGAGCGAAGCUGGAGGCUCAAAAUAUAGAAAAAAUUUGAAAUCAGAAUCCAAUCAGAGACUGAACGUAGCGAGUCUUAAAAUAGGACAAAAUAUAACUAGGCUUGAGAGAGAAUCUGCAAAGCUGAAGGAAUCAAUGGGACGCCACGCAAAGGGUAGCAUACAUUACAACAACAUUGUAAUGCAGUAUAACGACAAACAAAAGGAACUCGUAGAUCUACGAACUGAUGAAAAACAUAUUGCGGCUGAACAAAAUCAACGUAAGAAUAAAGCUAAACUAUCUAUAUUUUGAUAAGAAUGCAUUUCAUUGAUAUUAAUAGCAAUAACUUCAUCAGAAAAUGUCAAUAUGUAUAUAUAAAGUAGACAUGAAAAUAAAUAAUAUAUGAACACAUUUUCGUAAUCAUU